GAAAUACGGAACAGAAACAAUUCUAGAAGUUGGUGGUGCAAUUUCGAGAAAAUUCUUCGUUGAUCAAAUACUCUUGCUUUCGGCUGAGCAUCACAGUUUAAAACCUGAUGGUGAUUGGAAUUAUAAGAGUAGAGUCUGUCGGAAUAUAACAUUGCAAAUUUGUUUGAAAAGGCUAUUCAUCUUCUGACCGUUUGAAACUUAAUUUCAACGUAAUAAAUCGAGCGGCGUUUGAGGUAUCAUUUUUACCAGGCAAUAAACAUCGGAGAACAUGUCCUUAACACGUAUUAAUGAGAUUAAAUUGGACAUCGAUGAUCUGACUUCGUUAUUAGAUCGUGCUUCGCGUCAAAAAUCGAAAGAUAUUUUAGGCCUCGAAAUAAGAAGAUUACAAACCGAGUUAGUCAAUAUUCAAAAUCAAACCAGCGUGGAUCGAGAGCAGUCUAAAGUAACGAAGCCCUCUAAUUCCUUAUCUAAAUGUUAUGACAUCAAACUAAAUAAUUAUGCCUGGGAUCAAACGUCCGAUUUUAUUAAAUUAUAUGUCAAUUUGAGCGACGUUCAGACCCUACCGAAAGAGGCUGUAUUUUGCAAUUUCUUGGAACGAUCUAUGGACUUGCACGUUCAAGGACUUAAGAAUAAGAAUUACGAAUUGACAAUUAAUAAUCUGUGCGAAAACAUUAAUGCGACCAAGAGUUACGUUAAAAUAAAAACAGAUUUUAUUGUGGUUUUCCUUGCCAAAACAUCCUCAAAGUCAUGGUCCUGUAUUACAAGCGUCGAAAAGCGAUUGAAAGAAUCUAAAACUGCUACUCCAAACAUUAACGAUACCGACGAUCCCAAUGCCAGUUUAAUGAAUUUAAUGAAGAAAAUGUAUCAAGACGGAGACGACGACAUGAAAAAAACUAUCGCUAAAGCAUGGACAGAAAGUCAAGAAAAAAGAGAGAUGGGUGCAGCAAAUUUAAGUGACAUGUAAAUGAUAAUUGCCAUAAGUAUUAUUUAUCACUUGAUUUAUAAAAUAUAAAGUGAAUGAAUU